UAGCAUUUUCUGUCGGCGGGCGGUAAAUGAUCCAGCCUCGCUGAGCCAGGAGGUUGUGUCUGCAUUUCUGUCAGUUAAUCAAGAGACUUUUUUUUUUUUUCCUUCUCUAUUUUUUCUCGUUUGAUUUGUGUGCCGCUGCUGGCAUUACCCCAGUCACCGAUAGCGAUGUCCCGGCUGCUUCUCUGCCUGCUCUCUCUGCUGCUAAAGCCCGGGCCAGCCCGCGGAUACUUCCCGGAGGAGCGCUGGAGUCCCGAGUCGCCGCUGCUCGCUCCCCGGACUAUGCUCGCUCUCCUCUGCCGCAACUCGGCUCACUCGCUCCCUUACUUCCUAAGUAGCAUCGAGAACCUCAAUUUCCCGAAGGACCGCAUCGCGCUCUGGGUGGCGACGGAUCACAAUGCUGACAACACGACGGCGGUGCUGCGAGAGUGGCUGAUCGGUGUGCAGAGCCUCUAUCACUACGUGGAGUGGAGACCGCAGGAGGAGCCCAGAGGGUUUGAGGAUGAGAUGGGUCCCAAGCACUGGACGAACCUUCGCUACGCACACGUGAUGAAACUGCGCCAGGCCGCGCUCACAGCCGCCCGGGAGAUGUGGGCCGACUACAUCCUGUUUCUGGACUGUGACAAUCUGCUCACUAACCGGGACACUCUGUGGAAGCUCAUCGCUGAGAACAGGACGGUGGUGGCUCCCAUGCUGGAGUCCCGCGCAGCGUACUCCAACUUCUGGUGCGGCAUGACAGCGCAGGGGUACUACAGGCGCACUCCAGCCUACAUGCCCAUUCGAAAGAGGGAGCGGAGGGGCUGCUUCGCUGUUCCCAUGGUGCACUCCACCUUCCUCAUCGACCUGCGCAAGGAGGCGUCCCAGGAGCUGGCAUUCCACCCCCCCCACCCCGACUACACCUGGGCCUUCGAUGACAUCAUCGUCUUCGCAUUCUCUGCACGCAUGGCCGAUGUCCAGAUGUUCAUCUGCAACAGGGAGCCCUACGGCUUCUUUCCAGUGCCCCUGCGCGUUCACAGCAGCCUGCUGGACGAGAGUGACAGCUUCAUGCACACGCUGCUGGAGGUGACCGAAAAAGGAUUGUACAACCCCAAGAAGCCUGUUCAUGUGCGCCACACGCCUGUGGAGCCGUCCCGCAUCCUCUCCGUGCCCCCCAAACACCCCGACAAGAUGGGCUUCGAUGAGGUCUUCCUGAUUAAUCUGAAGAGGCGUAAAGACCGCAGAGAGAGGAUGCUGCACACUCUGCAUGAGCAGGAGAUCUCCUGCAAGAUCAUCGCUGCCGUGGACGGGAAAGCUCUCAAUGUCAGUGAGAUUGAAGCCAUGGGUAUUGCCAUGCUGCCAGGUUACCAAGACCCUUACCACGGGCGCCCACUCACAAAGGGGGAGCUCGGCUGCUUCCUGUCCCACUACAACAUCUGGAAGGAGAUUGUGGAGCGCGGUCUGGAGACAUCGUUGGUUUUUGAAGAUGAUCUCCGGUUCGAGGUGUUCUUCAAGAGGAGGCUGCAGAACCUCAUGCAUGAGAUCCAGACCCAGGGGCUGGACUGGGACCUCAUUUACAUCGGUCGCAAGCGGAUGCAGGUGGAACACCCGGAGAGGGCGGUGCCCAAUGUGCACAAUCUGGUGGAGGCGGACUACUCCUAUUGGACGCUGGGCUACGCCAUCUCUCUGCAGGGGGCGCGCAAGCUGCUCGACGCUCAGCCACUCUCCAAGAUGCUGCCCGUCGAUGAGUUCCUGCCAGUCAUGUACAACAAGCACCCAGUGGAGGACUACAUGAAGCACUUUGAGCCGAGGGAUCUGCUGGCGUUCUCCGCGGAGCCCCUGCUGGUGUUCCCCACUCACUACACGGGCGACGCCGGCUACAUCAGCGACACAGAGACCUCCACCAUCUGGGACAACGAGGGGCAGCGGACCGACUGGGACCGCCGGAGAUCUCAGAAGACACACGAGCAGGCGGAGCUAAGCAGCGAGGCCCAGAACUCGGACGUGCUUCAGUCUCCGCUGGACAGCACGGCCCGGGACGAGCUCUGACCAGCGCCCAGGCCAGGCUGACCGGACAGCUCCACACAGACCAGGCUGCCAUCACUCUCACCAGAGCUGGAUGUUUUAAUAAUCGGGAACAUCAACAUUGUUUUAGUUUUUUUUAAUUUUUUUUUUUACAUUUUCAGUCCUGUAAAUUUUAAAUCAUCUGUAUUUUCCUGCUAUUUAAUUUCUUACCCCUUUCAUGCCUCAUUGGUUACCAUUCUUUCUUGUUUCUGGUUAGAUCAGAAUUGACCAGGCACACUAAUUUAUUUGUAAGGGGCUGCUUCUGAAAAGACUCCUAAAAGAGUGCGGUGGCUUAAAAACACUAGUGGUGUGCAGCUGUCACCUUUGUCCCCUCUCUGUGUGAUUUUUUUGUAUAGUUCAUUUAUUAACUCCACAGUUACACACUCCCUAGUCAUUUUUAAAACCUCCUCACUCUCAGCUUUAAGAAGCAGGGCUUGUGGUUUCUAAGCCUGGCUGUUCACAAUCUAAACAGCUAUAGAGGAAGAUACAGAACAUACAACAGUAUAUUAAACAGGGGAGGAAUUCAAUAUUGGGAGACCUUUGUCUCGGAUGUCCUCAACUUCUUUCUAAUAGACUCUCUCACCCGUAUUCCGCGAGUCUGAAUUCACCGUGACAGAACAAUGCUGAGGGUGUGGACUGGGUCACUGAACCGCGCUGUCGUUGCAGGAUAAUCGCAAUCCUUUAUAUUGUGACUCUGCAGAGUUACGAGACCAUCAGCUGCAGGACGAGCCCCUUCUUCAACACAGGAGCCGACUUCACCCGUCUGCAGACCUACGAGAGGAUGUGUGGAACGAAGAUGUGAUUAAAACAAUCAUUUCAAUAUCAAAAGAUGUUGUUUAAAUGUGGACACACAGUAAGAAAAAUAACCUUAAAAUCGAUCUGAGGGCUUUUUAAAGUGGAAGUGCCUGUGGCCACAUUCUUUUAAUUACUACCUUUUUUAUUUUUCUAUUUUGUUUUGUGAAUUCAGUGUUAAUGACAGCUUACAUGCUACAGUGUGGUACCCCCCUCACUGUUCUGCAAGCGACAGAGAGAGAGAGAGAAAGAGUGCCUCUCCAUCCUGACCUGAACACCCCCCGCCUCCCUGCCUGCCUGCCUGCCAUUGUCCGGGGCCUCUCUCAAGCACAGACUGACAGUCGUGCUGAAUUGUGUGGAGCAUGUCUGUUCUGUGGUGUGGAUUAUGAUCAUGUCCACGCUCUGCUGUCCUGUUUAUGUAUAAAACGGGCCAGGACUACACUGCGAUCCUGCGGUAUAAAGGGAUGCCUUAUAAAGGGGGGGCACUUUCAACAGUUAGAAACUUCUGUUUGUGGAGAGCUACAGCUGUGCCCAAAAGUUUUGCAUUACCAUUUUUUUGUAGUUUCUUUUUUAAACCAGCAAAAAGUGAAAAAUGUCUUGUCACCCUGUUUUUUCUGUUUGUUUGCGGUUGCGGUUUUGGUGACCUCUAAUGGUGAACUAUGGUACUGUAGGCCAAUGUGAUUGGAGGAUUAUUUGUUUUGUGCUGCAGAAUAACUGUAGAAGCCUGUAGAAAAACAAUAUCUUCCAACCAUUGUCAUAGUGUGAUAUCUCUUCAUGUGCGUGAAUCGACUUGAUCAGCUCCCAGGAGGCUGUGCUGGUCUGACUCGCCUGUGUGUCUGUCUGGAUUGAGGACAGUGUGCUGGAGCUGAUCCUGCUGGUUCCUCUGUCCCACAAGGAGUUAGCCUCUUAAAAAAAACAAACCUGUCCUGUUUAAUACAACUAGAAGAAGUAUAACUAACCCGAUGAGGUCUGUGUAGGUUGUUAAGUCUGUUUUGAACUUCUUAACUGACACUAGAGAGAUUACAGAUCGAACCUGGAAUUAGUCUUUGGUCUCGAGCUCUUCAAUGUAUUUACAUGAUCGACGCAGGAAGAUUUGUUAAAGGGGAGGUGACUUUGGCCACCCAGUCGUCAUUUUUUUUGCCCAGUCCUGAGCUGCUGAUUUAACAGCUUGUUGUAAAUACAUUACACAAGUAGGAAGCCUGUUAAUACUGAGAUGCUUGGUGUAUAGCGCCACCUUGUGUACAAAAUGCAAGAUGCAUGACAUUUUUAAUUUAAUGUGCCUUUAUACCGAAGAAUAAAAUGUUUGAGAAAUGA